UUGAAAUCAUUCUAAAAUUCGUGUAUAUAACUGGAAUUUGGAAAUUGGGUAAAGAUUUUAACUGUGUUAGUGUAGCCUGAAUCCACAACGCUGCCUCCAAUUAUUCUUGCGCGCCACGAAACCCCGCCGUCUUCCGCCAGCUGAGGAGCGGCGGAUCCACCGCCAUGGCCACUGUUCGGCGUCUCGCUCGGGCACUCACCUCACGCCGCACCAUCGCCUCUGCUAAAACCCUAAACCCUCGCCCUUCCCUCUCGCCAAUUCCUCCUCUCCCACUCUCAGCUGCACCUCUCUGCAAUCGCAGUUUUGAGCAACAGAAAUCAUAUGAACCAGAUGCUUGGAAACCAGAAAGGCUGCCCAAUUUUUUUGUUCACAGUGCUUUAGCUGGACUACUUGGAUUUGGAAUGUUGGAUGUAGCCUUAGCAGAUGGUGAUGAGGAAGAUGCUAAAUAUUCGCCUUUGCCUAAAAGCAGCUCGCCUUUGCCUGAAUCUGCUAAAGCUCCUCCAUUACUUGAACCUUCUCCUGCUGCAAGGCAGCAAAACCUGGAUGAAAUUGCAAAGAAAGACAAAGCCCGACUAGUAGAAUUACUCAAGAACAAAGGAGGACGAACUGGUUCUUGUCCUAAUUUUACUGUUUCUGUCAAGGGACCAAAGGUGUCAAUCAAGUUCCAAGUUCCUCCCUCAGCUGAAAUCCCUUUCCUUAUUGCAAACUUUGUUUCACGUCUUGGGGUGAAGGCAGAAGAUAAUUCUGUUGGAUCAGAUAUGAUACUGCGUGCUUGGGACAGUGGUGUUGCCUGGCAACUAGCGCUCAGUCGCCCAACAGUUCCAAAAGGAGCAAGUGGAGAUCGAGGUGAUGCAAAUGGAAACAGUGUAGAGUCUACAGACAAUGAAGAGUUAUGCAUUGUCAUAUUUCGUCCACUCAUUAGCUCUGAUAAAGCUGAAAUUGAGCUCAUGAAACAGGGUAGUUUUACUUCUGAGGAACUUGAUGCUUUGGCAUCCGUCUUACAGCUAGCUGGACAGCCAAGAAGCUUUGGAUUAGGGCCAAAGGGAGGUGCUGCACAGGUUCCGAAAGUAGACAAAACAAUAUCUGAUCUGGAGGGAAUGGGAGUCAAAAUUUAUGGACUUAAAUCUCCCAACCUAGAAGACCCAAAUGCGGAUAUAUCCUGGGAUAACAUUGCUGGCUAUGAGAAUCAAAAAAGGGAGAUAGAAGAUACUAUAUUACUGGCUCUAAAGAGUCCAGAAGUGUAUGAUGACAUUGCCCGUGGUACUCGGUGUAAGUUCGAGACAAACAGACCCCGUGCAGUGCUUUUUGAAGGCCCACCAGGUACAGGGAAGACAUCUUGUGCUCGUGUGAUUGCUAAUCAAGCGAAAGUUCCAUUGUUAUACGUCCCAUUGGAAAUUGUAAUGUCUAAAUAUUAUGGUGAAAGUGAGCGUUUGUUGGGGAAAGUGUUUUCACUGGCUAAUGAACUCCAAGAUGGCGCUAUCAUUUUCCUUGAUGAGGUUGAUUCACUUGCUACUACCCGUGAUAGUGACAUACACGAGGCGACACGUCGGCUUUUGUCCGUAUUGUUGCGACAGAUUGAUGGAUUUGAGCAGGAAAAGAAAGUUGUGGUCAUUGCUGCAACCAAUAGAAAACAAGACCUUGAUCCGGCUUUGCUCAGUCGAUUUGAUUCCAUGAUCACUUUUGCCAUACCGGAUCAGCAGACUCGUGAAGCUAUUGUGACUCAGUAUGCUAAGCACUUGACAAACUCUGAAAUUGCUGAACUUGCCAGAGCUACCGAAGAAAUGUCUGGUCGUGACAUAAGAGAUGUAUGCCAACAAGCUGAGAGGCAAUGGGCAUCCAAGAUUAUCCGGGGACAAGUACAGAAAAUCGAAGAACAGAGCUCACUUCCUCCUCUUAGAGAAUAUAUUGAAAGUGCUGUCAAACGACGAACUGCUAUUCGCUCCGUCACUAAUCAAAUCGGAAAUCCUAGCCCUCUUUCCAAAAAGCCUCAGUUCGAUUUUAUGUGAAGCUCUUAGGCUAUGCAUCACAGUUGACAAUUUUCCAGAUUUAUUAAAUUUGUCCCUAUACAUGCAAAUAGAACAUCCAGUCAUCUCCUACUCCUGUUGGGAAUCUGUAUACAUAUAUAUUUAUGUGAUUAUAACAGUAGGCAGUGAAAGCAUCUGCAUUUUCCAGUGGAAUUUGUUCAUAGUGGCAGUAGCUUUGUGCCGAAAAAGUUGAAGGGCAUCAAAGCAUAUUGGAGAGGAGCAGAGUGAGAAGUAGACCUCCAUCACUGCUAUUCUUCCUCUUCCUGGUGUGGCAGACGGUCGAAGCAAUAUGCACUUGCGUCUGCAACAUCAUCCGAGUCAUCUCAACUUCCAACUCAGCCUGCCGCCUCUGAGCAUCCAGCCUCGCCAUCUCCCUCUUCUUCAUCAUCUCGAGCUGGGCAGUCUCCAUUCGGACCAUGCUGUCGGCUAUCACUUGGAAGCUCGAGUUUGAGCAUCGGGAUUCUGAUGACGAGUCAUCCCGUGGAGUAUCUGGUGAGAAGUGGCCGUCAAAAGUAUAUCGGAGGGGAUUUCUGGUUUUGGUUGCUUGAAAAGUAUAGUCCAUGGUGGAGAUGGUGAAUGUGUAUUUUGUUUAUUUUUGGAGGCACUACUUUAAAAGGGGCAGUGCUUAGGCCCACCCAUUAGAGAAAAAGUUUCACUUUUUGGAAUGCAUAGUGCCAACUUACAAUCCAAUAUUCCAAUUCAACCAAAUGGGACUCAAAUUAUUUUGAUUAUUUUAAAUUUA